AUUUAUUAUUAUUUAUCAUAAAUAAAUAAAUCAGAAAAUAAUUAAUUUCAAGAAUGAAUAAAUACAGGCACUCAUAACGAAAUACUUUUGUCACCCACUUUAUUAGGUACAACUACACUGUUUAAGAGAUGGGGGCGUUUUUCCUCCAUAAAAGAAAUUAUGAAAAAAAAAAAGAAAACGUGUGUUAUUAGGGCAGCACAGUGCCUUAGCACAUCUGCCUCAAAGUGGAGAAGUCCAUUGAAGACUCUAGAAUGUCCAUAGGUGUGAGUGUUUGUUUGUCUAUACUGUAUGUGCCCUGCGAUUGACUGGCGACCAGUCCGGGGUGUACCCCGCCUCUUGCCCAAGGUCCGAUGGGAUAGGCUACAGCACACCUGUAACCCUAAUGAGGAUGGACGUAUGUUUACUUGUAAAAUUGAGACACCAAGAACUAGUAGGCUAACUCCACCUUUGUUAUUUUGCGGGACAGUGAUUUCAUAUUUUAUGGCUGCAUUAAAAUCUGGGGGAUUUAUAUCGUUAUAUGGCCAUGAUUGCUUCUUCUGGAUACUUGUUUUUACAGAAAUUGUGGUUUUCCUCAGAUUUUGGCAUUUUGUCAAAUAUUGUAUAAUGAUUUAGGACUUUGAUCUUAUUGGAUAGUCAUUCAUUUAAUCCGAGGUACUGCUAUGAUUUUCAGUUUCAUGGGUUGGAUUCCGGUCGAUGUCAUCGAGGUUGGCUAAAAUAAAAGGAACAGAGAUUACAAAAAAAAAAAAAAGCUUAGCGCAAUAGUGGUCUAAGUCAAAUCAUUCGUCAAAUCUAUCAAUAUUUCAUGAAAGACCAUUAACGUUCACUAACAGUAAAACAGUAAAAUCUCUUAACCUCACUUUCUAGGAUGUUUUGGCUGGAGGUGAAGGUGGAGGUUUCAUGGGUGCGGCCAUCUUGCAAAUGGGAGUUGUCACAGUUGCAAAGCAUGACUUAACUUUCUGAGUGUUUUUUGAAUCUGUGAAUCUCACUUACUGGGAUGUUUAUGCAGAAGAUGAAGCCUGGUUUCAUCUUGUAAAUGGGAGUUGGCCCAGUGUUGCACUGAUGAAUCAGGAAAAGUAAAGACAUGCCUGUAUUAAUUUCUGCACUUAAUUUAACAAUGACAAAAUGGAAUUAGCCCACUGUGUUCUUCUAGUCAAUUGUGACUGUAAAUUGUGCUUUCUCGACAGACUUGACAUGGACACGAUCUGGCUCUACCAGUUCCGUCUGAUCGUGAUCGGAGACUCCACGGUGGGCAAGUCUUGUUUGAUCCGCAGGUUCACCGAGGGUCAUUUCGCCCAUGUGUCGGACCCCACCGUUGGCGUGGACUUCUUCUCGCGUCUGCUGGAGAUCGAGCCGGGCAAGAGGGUCAAGCUCCAGAUCUGGGACACUGCUGGCCAGGAGAGGUUCAGGUCUAUCACCAGAGCCUACUACCGUAACUCUGUUGGCGGGCUCCUGCUCUUUGACAUUACCAACCGCCGCUCGUUCCAGAACGUGCACAGCUGGCUGGAGGAGGCGCAGAGUCAUGUUCAGCCGCAGAGUAUCGUCUUCCUGCUAGUGGGCCACAAGUGCGACCUGGAGGCCCAGCGGCAGGUGAGCCGGCAGGAGGCAGAGAAGCUGGCGGCGGCCUUCGGGAUGAACUACGUGGAGACGUCUGCACGAGACGCCAUCAACGUGGAGAUGGCUUUCAUGGACCUGACGAGGCAGAUCUUCGAGCUGGUGCGCGGCGGCGACAUCAAAAUCCAGGACGGCUGGGAGGGCGUCAAGAGUGGACUGGUCCCGAACACCGUGCACUCCUCGGAGGAGGUCACCAAGGCGGGUCGCCAGUGCCUCUGCUGAGCACAUUUCUUUUGGACUCCAUCUGUUGGAGAUGGGCCCUCACUUCGUCUAUGACUACACUGCGGGCCCCGCUCUUUCUUAAACUAUUUCCAAGUUGCAGUAACACGCUUUACUUGUCAUGUGUUGACUACUUGCUCGGUGCAAAUCACACGUUGGUCUCUCGAUUAAAAGCACAAGAAGCCCCCUCGUGUCGUUCAACAUGGUAGCUUUGCUGCUUUUUUGACAUGCGCACUUACACUUAAACACAAUUUGUAAUGACUAUUGACACUCAUGUGGAUACACAACUCAACAGAAAUUAGACAGCCUCUUCACCUCAAUGUGGACAUACAAAUACAAGAAACUUUAUGUACAGUACAUGUAUAUAGUCAGAAAGAGGCGAUACUCUCACUUCACAACCCAACAAUAAAUAGUACCAAGGAGUAUUAGGGCCACAACUAAAAAUCACAAAAAUAAAAAGUAGGCAAAUUCCUAACCAAAAAAUAAUUACCAGAAAAAAAGUCUUAACAUUGACAGAAAAAAAACAUAAUUUUCAGAGAAAUUUGUAAUAUACAUUUUUUAAGAAUAAAGUAUUAUGAAAAAGCUAUUAAGUGAGAAUAAAGUCAUAAGCAUACCAGAAAAGGUCGUAAAUUCACAGAAAAAACUUCCGAGUUAUAAGGAUUUUUUUUUCAAGAAUGAUAAUGAUAAUGUUACAUGGAUAAAGUUGAAGUAAUGUGGGAAAGAAAUUGCAAUUAAUACAAAUUUAUUGGUACGACAAAAAUCCUUUAUGACUAAAAAAUAGCAACGUGACAAGAAAAAAAAGUCAUGGUAUUUCAUCCAUCAAUCCAUCCAUCCAUCCAUUUUCUGAGCCGCUUCUCCUCACUAGGGUCGCGGGCGUGCUGGAGCCUAUUCCAGCUAACUUUGGGCAGGAGGCGGGGUACACCCUGAAUUGGUUGCCAGCCAAUAAAAAAAAAGAAAUUCUGAAGAAAAAAGACACUUUUUUAACAAGAAAUUGGUCAUAGUUUUACAAAAACAGUCAUGCUUUUACAUACUUUUACUAAUAUGUGAAAUAAAUUGCUUUUAAUAAAGUAGUAAUUGUCCCAUAAAAAAUAUUUCAUGAUAAAAAAAUUGUUUCAUUACAGUCAUGAUAUUAAGACAAAAGCAAUUCCAAAGAAAAAUAAAAUUUUUGAGGAUAGGUCAUAAUUUUACAAAAAAUAGUCAUCACAUGAAAAGUUAAGUUGCUAUUUGUUAACAUUACGAGACAAAAAAACAUGCCAUUUUACAAGAAAAUGGCCAUAAUAUUACAAGUAAAAAGUAACAAUCUUAAAAGAAUAAAGUUGUGAUUUUACGAGAAAAAAAAUCAUCAUUUUAGAGAAACAAACACUUAAUUUUAGAUCUUCCAAUAUUGAAAGAAUCAAAUUUUUGAUUUUUUUAAUAAAUUUUAUUUAGUUAAUUUUUCACGACGAAAGAGAAAUUUUUUUUAAAUUUUACAAUCAUUUUGUAAAAUUAUGAGAAAAAAGCCUUGUCUUUUCACAGGGAAAAAAAAUCACAAUGUCGCAACAAUAAAGUUGUGACGUUAUAAGAAAAAAAGUAAUACAACAUGAAAAAGACAAACAGAGUGGUAUUGUGUGUUACAAAGCCCCAUACAUGACAUGCGGAAAAAAUAAUAAUUUGUGCACACAAAAUACUAACUUGUGUGCACAUAUUAUUUUCUUUUUUUUCCAAUGUCAUGUCUGAGGCUCUGUAGUGUGCUGCUGAGGAUCUUUUCAAGUCCCUCAAUUGACUAUUUUCCAUGUGGCCCAAAUACUCCUUAAUAAUCCCGAAUACUCCUUAAUACUCCUUUUUGGCUUCAUAGGGACAGUCAAACAUGCAUCCACUUUGACUCAAUGCUUUUAAAUUUUAAUUGCUGAUGUGAGUCUCUUUUGAGUGCCUUUUGGAGGAAGGAAACCUGUGUCCAUGUGUGUUUUAUUAUUCAUGUACCUGCACAGUGGAUAUAGAAGGUCUACACACCCCUGAAAAGCCUGGUAGAACAGUUGAACUUUAUUGAGGGUGAAUAAGAGGCACCUUAAAUGGAAGCAGCUGUGUUGCGGACUCCUGUUGAACAUGACUUUGAAUGUGAUUGAUUCUGAUCACAGUCACCUUUAGGAGGGUGUGCACACUUGUGCAACUACAUUGCAUCAGUUGUUUAUUUUUACUACCCCUCUUGAAAAUAUGUCUUUUAUUGGUAAAGGUUAUUUUAUAUAUAUACAUAUACAUCACAACAACCUGGCAUUUCAACAGGGGUGUGUAGACUUUUGAUAUCCACUGAAGGUAACAAAUGUGUAACAUGAUUCAUUUGAACGCUGGCUUUGUCUUAUGGGGAUUAAUUAAUAACCUAGCACGUGUGUCAUCAGUAAAAAAUAAACUGUGGAAAUAUCA